AUGGCCGAGAGCACCUUUGCAGGGGCGGACGGGAAGCGAAUGGCUGGCCAGGGGCUGGAGACGGGCACCCCCAGGCCAGCCUCUGCCCUGGCUGGCAGGAAGAUGAGAGGCAGCCCAAGCACACCCAGGCUCCCGCCAGGCUGGAGGAGAGCAAGCCAGCGAGAGGUGGGCAGCAGCCAGGGAGCCAGCAACGCGCCCAGCCUAUGCCACAGCGUGACAGGGACCCUCCCAGCUGCAGGCAGGGGCCACGCCAGCUGUGCUCUGCCCAGAGGGAGCGCGGGGAAGCUGUGCCCCGAGAACGCAGCCCGGGAGCGCAGCCGCGUGCGGACCCUGCGCCAGGCCUUCCUGGCGCUCCAGGCAGCGCUGCCCUCGGUGCCGCCGGACACCAAGCUCUCCAAGCUGGACGUGCUCGUUCUGGCCACCAGCUACAUCGCCCACCUGACCCACACCUUGCACCAGGGCCAGCCGCCCCCCGAGGCAGCCCCACUGGCGAGGGCACCCAGCUUCCUACACCCCAUGAAGAAAUGGCCCAUGCGGUCCCGUCUCUACGCUGGAGCCUGGAGCGCGGAUGUGGCUGACGUGCCUGCAGCUGCCCCCGCAGCCCCAAGCAGCAAGAUGAGGAGGGGCUGUGAGGGGGGCAGCCCGGGGGCCGGCGGGGCAGCCCUGUGA